AUGAUUAAAUUUCAAGAGCACUACUUCUGUUUGGUUGAAGAUUUUAGCCCUGAUCUUAUGAAAAAAAGGCUUCUUUUCAAACCGCUGAUGGCUGAAUGUUAUGAGAAAAAUCUGAAACCUGUGCUCCUAUACCCUGCGAAGCUUCGAAUCUCUCCGCCGAACGUUCCACAUCAGGUUUUUCUUUCUAUAUCCGAGACCCAAGGAGACCCCAGCAUACUCGCAAGCCAGGACUCAUCAAGCAAUGACAACUUUUCAAUUCUGUGGGAAGAAGUAGAAGCAGCCAUAAGAUCGUUGAAGAAUGGGAAAGCUGCAGAAAUAAUCAAUGUCUCAGCUGAGUGGAUAAAACAUGGAAGAGAGACAAUGAUAGACAUCCUCACCAAUAUCUGCAACAAAUUCUGGCAGACUGGGGGAUGGUCCACAUCCCUCACCAUAACUCUCCCAAAGAAAGGAAACUUACAGCAGUGCCAGAAUUAUAGAACCAGAAGUCUUAUCAGCCAUGCAAGCAAAGUGAUAUUGAAAGCCAUCUUGAACAGACUGAAACUACAGCAACAAUACAUUCCAACUCUUAUACUCAAUACUUUAUGGAGGCCAACAUGGCAAAAGCUCUCUUUACCACCUACCUAUGAUGCAGCUUUCAAGGAGUUACGGAUUUGUAUUUCCAGAUUUAUGUAUUCUCUCCUAUUCCUCAGUAUUCUACCAUUUACUGCUUAA